AUGACCAGUGCUUUGGAAGUGGAUCGUGGUACAAACAGUUUUUUUCACGACAAAAAGAGCAUGUCCGCUGGAAAUUCUUCGUAUGUUCAUCUGUUGGCAGGAGGGUACGUUGUUGACAGAAAGUUUUUUCGCUGGAGUAAGCGAUUUAUUCCACAACAUGUUGUCGGACAUUACGUUGAAUGUUUAUAGGCUAGGCUUACGUUUGUGGCUUGUUUUCGAGUAGUUCUCAGUAUUAAAGAUCUUUGGAGAUGCUUAUAUUAGAAAGAACUUAUGCUGUACAAGAACUAAUUAAAUUUGCGAUGCUUAAGGUUGAAACAGAUACCGGGGCCACUAAGUAAGCUUAUUUACGAAGUUUCUUAGUGCACGUCAAGGCACGCGAAGCAAGUCACUGUUUUUGUGAACUUCUUCUGAAAUAAUCGCUUUUUAGUUGUCCAAUUUAAUUUAUGCUUUCAAUUUUGUAUUGUGAGGGCAAUUCUGUACAUAUCAUUUGUUGUGAUUAUGUAGGUUUUCAUUUAAAAUAUCAAAUAGUUCAUAUUCGUCUUGUUUACAACCUGUUGGCGCGCUUCGUUAGAAAUGCUUCAGUGCUGAGGGAACGCUCCCCUGAUACAAACAUUUGUAAGAAGAAUUUAAGCAUUAGUUUGAAUCCUUUCUCUAGGAUUGGAGGAACAGUGGGUGCUACUUUAACUUGUCCCCUGGAAGUCGUAAAGACGAGAUUACAGGUAGGAUAUGAAACAUUCGUUAGCUAAAAACAGUUUUCAGUGCAGCGUGACUGGCUAUGUACAGUACACAAGGAAGUUUGCAUGUUAUGUUCUAGAGUGCAUGCAAUGCAUGCAUUUGGUCAUGCUUAUGCCGAUGGUUUUCCUUAUAAUACUACAUAUUUAUUUUGUUCUGUUUCUGUAUUUGGACACUUAAAGUUAUGUAGUAGGUUUUGUUCCUGUAAGAUUUAAACAAUUUGAAGGUCAAAAUCGGAUGCAUAAACAGUUGUAGAAUUUCUGCUAUACUGCCAGGGCUUGUCUAUAUUCCAAGAAAGUCAGCUUUUUCUGGCCAAGAACGAGCUGUUUUUCAAACGUAGCCCGUUUCGAUAUUGGAAUGAAUUUGUAUGAUGUUUGUUUAUAGUGCUGCGACACACUAGCAACCUGUAGAUUAGACUACAGAGGCGAGAUUGAGAUUAGUCGGAAUUCUGGGGACGUUUCUGGUCUCACCUCUUUUUGCUGACUAGUACAUUAAGCUGGAAGGGACACAAUUGGUGUAACAUGUGACACAAGUUCAUGUUCUCGCUCAGUCGAAAGGUCCCUAUUAGGCAACAAGUUGUUGUGGCCUGUCUUUGUGACAAACCAUUCUGUCUGGUGUAUUGGAUCAGUUGACAUGUCUCAACCACACAACUCAAGGAUAAGUUUCGGAGGAGAUUCCCUUGUGUAAUAUGUAGAAUUUUUGUGAAAAUCUCUGCACAGCAGAAUUUUUCUCCUUGACAAGUUUCCUUUAUUGUGGGAAGAACUGCCAAUGUGCCGAGUCCAUGUCACAAGAAGAAACUUGUUGUCAGGACUUGAUGCCCAUUGUUUCCAAGAAAUCUGACAAGUAAUUUGAUUAGUUGUCAUUAUGUGACAUUAUUGUCUAACAAAUCAUUUUAUUUUUUUUUAGUCCUCAGUGCCCACUUUUAGACAUGUUUUGUGUCCAACAGCUACUGGUUCAGGGGUAUGGACAAUCCCAGUGGCGAUUUCCCCUACAAGACCUGUCGGCAUCCUUUCUUGCUUAAGACACAUCAUACAGACUGAAGGAGUCGUGGCAUUGUUUAAAGGUCUCGGACCCACACUGGUCGGUGUCGCACCAUCCAGAGCCAUGUACUUUAUGGUGUAUGCAAAUGCCAAACAUGCACUCAACAACAGCGGCGUGGUGCUUCGAGACAGCAAGCUUGUACACAUUGGCUCGGCUCUUUCUGCAGGUUAGCAUCGUAAAUUUUUCUUAUCAUUUAAUUUACACAUGUGAGAUUGUUUACCCACUCAGCAGGGCACAUCCAAAUCUUAGACAAUGAGUAAAUGUCUUUAUCAUUUGACUGCAUCAUGUCAGCCUCCUGUCAGCUGGGAAGUGCUCUGGAAUAAUUUUUGCUGAUGAUUUGAGUUUCUUACCUGGGUAAAGAAUACCCUUACAGAACACCAGUGCAAUUCUUCAUGUUGGUGUCCCAAAACAAUCAAAUGGCAGCCAUGUCUGUUUCCAAACCAGUCUUGUGGAAGUUGAGCCUUUCUCUUUUGAGAAAAACUUUCUCUUGCUCUAAUAAAUUUGCUAGCCAUGCGAGCAAAAAGGCUCUAUACCAUAGUUUAUCAUUGGUACAUAAAAACACAUAGACCACCCAGUCAAUAACAAAUUUUAAUAGCCAUCUUUUAAAUAUUCUGUUUUCAACAGUUUUCUCACUGUUUUGCUGUUUUAUUGUUUUUGCUGUAUAGUAAACCAGUACCUCAUCCACUCUAACAAUAAAUGCUCUUUUUUUCAUAGGUUUUAUCACUUCAACAUUGUCUAGUCCACUUUGGGUUGUGAAAACAAGACUUCAACUUGAUAAUAAGUGAGUACUGGGAGAAUAUUGAUAAAAUGCAGUAUUAUUAAUUCACAAAAUAAUUAUUAAUAAAGCAAGGCAUUGUAUAUCACAUGGCUCUAGCGAUUAUAGAUAUUCAGAUGUUCUUGCCCUAUGGGUAGAAACGUUCCAGUCAAAUCACAAACAUAGGUAUAUUUUAUGCUAUUUUGAAAGGGAUUGUCAUAAAAAAUGUGAUGUAUCAUAAAUAGCUGGAUACAUUUAACUAUUUUAAUGUAUUUGAAGGUGAGGACAAUUUCUGGAUUGAUUGUAUUAUUUUUAGCUCAUAGUGUUACUUUGACAUGCUUAGAUUCUUUGCUAUGAAUUUAUGCUUAGACUUGUACUAAUAAGUAAUGUUCAUUAUUUCAGAAACACAACAAGAGGACAGAUAACAAAACUCAUUCAUAGUAUUUGGAAGACAGAUGGAUUAAAGGGUUUUUAUCGUGGACUAACUGCAACAUAUUUUGGGACAAGUGAGACUGUCAUUCAUUUUGUUAUUUAUGAACACAUCAAAGCUAAACUUCAAAGACAUCACUUUAAGGUGCGAGGAACUAGCGAGAAAAACAUUAUAGACUUCUUUCAAUAUAUGAUGGCUGCGGCAACUUCCAAGUGCAUAGCAUCCAUGGCAGCGUAUCCUCAUGAAGUGAUCAGGACUAGGUUACGACAAAAAGAGCUGGACGGAAAGAGAAGAUACCACUCAUUUUUUCAAGCUUUUAGGAAAAUAUUCCGUGAAGAAGGAAGAGCUGGACUUUAUGGUGGGCUAGGUACUCACCUUCUUCGACAAGUUCCGAACACAGCAAUCAUCUUUUUAACGUAUGAAGCUGUAGUUCAUUGCUUAAGUAAAGAUGACCUUCCAUGA